GACGCCGACGCUCAGCGCAGGAGCGGGCGCUAAAGAGCUGCGCUUUAAAACGCAGCCGCGAUUUCGGCCUCUACAGGAAGCAGUAAGUGGGUAGACGACAUAAGACUUUUGCGAAAGUUGCAGAUCCAGUGUACGUCGAUUCCCAUUUGCGGAUGAUGUUGAUGACGCUGAUACUGACGCCUUAUUAAAUGGCACAAACCCACGGUGGAGGAUAGGCUACGAACCUGGUGGACGACGACGAAGAAGAAGCGUUCUCCUCUGUCAGCUGUGACGAUUCGUCGUUCUCGGAAGCCGUCGCGAUGCGCCGUCGCUCAUACCAGUGGACCAUCGCCACCAGGGAGGAUGACGAUGGGACGGACUCGGGCGAGGAGUACGUCCCUUCGUCGCCGCCGCCGUCACACCACCGCCGCCGGCGAUCGUCGCGACGCAAGUCAACGUCUCCCCCGGCAUCGACCGCCACGUCGCGCUGCGGGAGCCGCAGGUCGUCGUCGCUAGUGUCGCGUCGCUCCAGCAUAUCGUCUUCGAUGACGUCGGCGACGUCGGUGGCCUCCCGGUUGUCCCGUACGACACACGGUGCAGCCCCCGCUUCGCCCAUCACUGACGACGUGCUCUCGUCCGAGAUGGACAGCACCGAUGAGGACGCCGAAACCAAGAGGCUCCGCGAGCCGUCGUUCAACAUGGCCCCCGAGAUGAGCGGCUGCCUGCUGCAGUUCGCGGUGGACGUGAGCCGCAAGCUCCGCGAGGGCGGCGACACGCGCAACCUGCUCGUGUCGCCGCUGCUGCUGGCCGGCAUGCUGGUCAUGCUGCUGCACGGCUGCGCGUCGCGCACCAGCGCCUCGGCGGCCGCCCUGGGCCGCGCGCUGCACGUGCACUGGGCGCCGUUCCGCAUGGCGCGCGCGUACGACCGCGUGGCGCGGGCCACCCUGGCGCCCUUCCGGCGGCCGAAGCUGCGCGUGCACCACUUCAACUACACGUGCUUCAUGGCGCUCUUCCACGACGACAGCGUGCCGCUCGCCCGCUCCUACUACCAGAUGCAGGAGCGCCUGUCGUACCUGCUGGUGAGGCGCAACUUCGCGCAGGACGCCGAGCAGUGCCGCCUGUCGAUGGACGCCCUGGCUCGCGCCCUCACCUCGUUCGCCUUCAAGCCGGGCCACGACAUCUUCCCGCCGGGCUCGGUGGACGAGCGCAGCCUGGUCGUGCUGUUGUCGUGCAUCCGCCUGGAAGGAACGUGGCGCCACUCCUUCCAGCCGGUCAGCGGGGACUUCCACGAGACGCCCGAGGCCGCCGUCACCGUGGCCAUGAUGCGACAGACGGGCUCGUUCCGCAUGUGCCGGUGCCCGGAGCUGGAGGUGACGGCGCUGGAGCUCCCGUACGAGAACCGCGACGUGUCGCUGGUGGUGCUGCUGCCGCGCCGCCUCGACGGCCUCGCGGCGCUCGAGAAGCGGCUGACUGCCGCUCGGCUGCUUCACUGCGUGGCCCAGCUCGAGGAGCGGCACAACGUGACGGUGUACGUGCCCCGGCUCAAGCUGCGGAGCGUCACCGACCUGGGGCCCGUGCUGAAAGAGAUGGGCCUCGGCGUGCUCUUCACGGACGAGGCGAACCUUAGGUACCUGAGCAAAGCAGAGGGCGCGCACUUGUCCGGUGCGCGCCACGUGGCCGUCCUGCACGCCAACCAGAAGGGCGGCAAGGGUUCAGACAGCGCCUGCGCUCCCUCUGUCGGCCGCGGCGGCGCGGUCUCCCCGCCGUCGACGGGCGCCAGUCCGCCCCCCAGCCCACCGAGCGGGUCCCCGUCUUCCGCUCCAGCAGCGGACUUGUCCAGCGCCUUGAGCAGCAGCUCCGCAUUGGACGAGCCGCGCACCCUGGCGCAGUUCGUGGUCGACCGGCCCUUCAUGCUGCUCAUGCUCAAGCGCAGGCCCGACGUCGUGCUGCUGCUCGGCUCCGUCAAGAAGCUGGUCUGAGUUUCACUCGCGGUGUCACGGCCGGCGAUGCGGGUGCAGUAGUGUUUGCAGCGGCUGUUUUCAACCCGCACCCGACGAGUUAAUGGCGAAAAAUACAGUAUCCUCUCGAGUGAAGCGCUUCUCGAGCUGUCGUCCUUGUUGUCCGCACUUGUGACCUAUGUUCGAACGUCUGCCAACGGUCAACAGUAUAUUGCCUCCCGCUUUACGAAAGUGGGAAACCUAUGUGCCGAUACCAAGACGGCCUCGUCUGCGGUUAUACUUGCGUGUCCAUGCGUUUUUCUGUGAAAGUGUGCGGUUCGGCGAAUUUGUUUGUUUAGUUACCCUUGUUUAUGUACUAUCCCAUUGUGGUAGUAGCUGUAGACCACGGCGUCACAGACCACGGCCACCGAGGCACGAUAACGUGCGGGUAACGGCGCGCAUGGGGCUUCAGGCCAUGUAUAGACCAAAACGAUAAACACGACAAAUACUUAUAAAGCGAAGACGAAUAUGUUUGUAGUGCAAAACUUACGUAAGUGCCACAAUAAAUGUUUGAUGU